GUCACAGCAAAACACUGGUUUCGUGAAGUUAUAACUUCAGUGUAUCUAUACGUAAACUUUUAUUGAAGUUUAUACUUUUGCAUUGUGAAUUAGUAAGAUGAAGGGCGUUCAUUUGGUUAUGGUCGUAAUGAUGACCUUCGUUCCAGCGACGGUAUCAGAGAAAUCGUGCUCAUUGGAACUAUUUGUCGAACGUUUCAAAACCGGGUGUUUCAAAGCUAAGCAUGAUGAAUCUGGACAAGCUCUUCUCCCUAAGAUGCUUUUCACUGAUCGUGAUGAAACAUCACCUGUGUACAGUAAUAAGAAAGUAAAGUGGAAUGACUGGAACAACUAUUUGGAAGACGUCGUAUGCAGAUGUGCUGAGAGCUCAAACAAGAAUGGAUAUGAAUUUUUUGGUAUACAGUUCUUUGGGGAAUGCUGGGCUGGUCAAUGGGACACGGUAAAGAAUGCGCAUGCUCUUCCUAGCAACCAAUGUUGRGGUAAAGAUUACAAGAAGUGUGCGUCUGAUGCCAAUUACUGCGUUGGAGAAACCAGCAAGAUCUUUAUAUACAUGCAUCCCACUUAAAGACAGCUCGAUAUGCAUCAUGGUCAUUCUCAAGUCAGUGGAAUGUCUAAUACUACGAUGAACGAUUUAAAAUCGUGAGAUUCUAGUAAUAACGAUUUUAGUUUAGAAAUAGCACAGUUAGGUGACUCUAGCAAAUAAAGCAAUGUG